GCAGGUGGAGGCAUACACAGAGGGGGACACGGCAUGCCAUGCCCGCUUUGGGUGCACUGCGCGCACGGCCCCACUGUUCGGCCCUCCAGGGCGAGCGUACGUGUAUCUGUGCUACGGGUUGCAUCACAUGCUCAACAUCACAGCAGAUAGGGACGGCACUGCGGCUGCGUGCCUUGUGCGCGCAUGCGAGGCCGUGGCAGGUGUUGCCACGAUCAGGGAGCGGAGAGGGAACCAACCCCUGACUCCUGCUCUGCUGGCUGGCCCCGGAAAGGUGGCAGCAGCACUGGCCCUGACAACACAGUGGUCGCACCAUCCACUGCACGAACCGG